UCCAAAAUGGCCGCAGUCGGACGUGGUAGAGGCAGGGGAAGAGGAUUGUUGGCUAGAGACCUGCCACAGGAAGCACAAACACGACCUGGUGAUAGUGCAUCUGGAGACUCAAAGGCUACAGAAAAUGGUGUGGAAGUUAAGAAAGAAGAACCUGGGAUGUCACGGCAGGACAGCAUCUUAGAAUUACAGCAUGUUCUAGACAGUCUGACACUCGACGUCAGCGAUCAGGAGCUAAACAACUUGUAUCAGUUAGCGGAAUCUGCCUCCAGUAAUGACAGUGACAUAAAGCGUGUCACGGAGCAAGUGUAUUCAAAAUUUACCUCGGACAGAGAAUAUGCAAAAACUGGAGCUUUUAUUUGUGAAAAACUUGCAGCAUUGGAGGUGAAUGGGACAAAGUUUAGGUCGUUAUUGUUGUCAAUGAUUCAAGCAGAUUAUAAAGAUAAAGACAAUCUUCGUUCGAAGUCAGUGUCAAAAUUUUUGAACAUUUUAAGUUUUAUGUGUCAGAUUUUUGGCACGCUGAGGACCGCGGGAGGAGAAGUAUUUAAGCCUCUAGUCUCACCACUAUAUGAAUGUUUCAACAUGAUCCUGGACAGUGACCACAGUGAUAAUGAUGAAUUUGAAUGCCUUAAUGAACAAUUACAGUCUAUUGGUAGAGAUCUAGAACAAAGCGACAGGGAUAAAAUGGAACAAAUGAUGGUUAAAAUCAGGUCAAAGGUCAUCAGGAAUGGGUCAUCCCAGCAAGCACGAUGCACGUUACUCGAGAUCAUUGAAAGUUAUUGUCGAGGUUGGAAGGAUCUGUCAAACGAUGUUACACGCUUUUACUGCGAUACUAUGAUGGACAUAUUGACUGACUGAAACUUACAUUAUGUAUUUGAAAAUAACUUUAUUUGCCUUUUAUGAUUUUUAAUGAAAGUAUCUAUGUAAAGAUGCUAGACACUUGCUGUGGCACUGUGACGGAUUUAUUAAGUUAUUGACUGAUUGAAAUAAGUGCUUGCGUUAAGAAUGCAACUUGUGACAUCUUACUUUUUCUAAUUCAAGAAUUUCAUGUUUACACAGAUACUUGGCAGGAGGUUAUAAAACUGGGUUGUUGUACCAGUUAUAAAGUCUUACUAUUGGACAAUUUCAAAACUGAGUUCAGAUUCAACCAAUCAGAUGCCGAGUUGUUAGACUGGUCUAGAAUCAUAAGUUUUGUAACCUUUGACCCAGUUUAUAUAAUUAAUAGUUUUGCACUUUCAUGCUUACACUACAUACAAAUUUAUACGUGUGACUGUCCUGCUUUUUCUUUGAUGGACAGGUGUGAGCAAUUAUUCAAAGUAUUAUGUUUGUUUUUAGUCAUUAUCAAAUUGCAAGGUGAUAAAUUCACAUUCCUUACCAAUUUAGAAAAAGGGCAGAUUGAUAAAGGCAGCAAAUUGAUGGAAUAGAGAGUUGGAGUUGUUUUCUAGUUAAACUUUGCUUCAGUCUGAUAUUUACAUUUAUGCAAUGCAUUUUUGAAAAUUACGAUGUUCCUAUUGCAUGAACUGAAAAAGGAAAGGCACCAAAUUUUGAUAAUAUGCAACUGUUUUUUGACGAUGUGCACAUGUAGUCAGGGAUAAAAUUCUUUAGAUGACUUCUCAUUAACUGUUGUUCUGUCUGGUGAACUGAAUAACUGAAGAAAAUUCUGAUGUUAUAUACAACAACAUUUGUGCAACUUAAAAAAAAAAUUAAAUAAAUGGAAAUGAAAUAUAAUGUGCAUACAAGAAACAAUCAUAUUUUUCCAGAAUAAUGCGUUAUUCAAAGCUUUUCUGCACAUAUUUUGUCGUUCAUUUUUCAUAGACUCUGAAAAAAAUAAAUUCAUUUCUUAACUGAACUGAGAACCAUAAGGAGUUAUUUUUUUGUGUGAAAAUAAUCCUCAUUCUAAUGUAAGAGAAAUGCGGUAUAGGUGCUUUUCAUCAAACUGGGAAUGGUACAUGGAAACAUGAGGUGUAUUUGUUGUAUCUGUAUAUAGCAAUUGUUUUUGUGGAGAAGUCAAUUUACUGAUAGUGAAAGGUGUUUUUUCUAUUUAGAGAUUUAAGCCUGCCCACUUAGCUCGGUAGAGCGUUGGUCUAUGGAUCGUGGGGUUGUGAGUUCUAUCGUCGGGCGGGGUGUAUGUUCUCUGUGACUAUUUGAUAAACAACAUUGUGUCUGAAAUCAUUAGUACUACACCUCUGAUUCAUGUGGGGAAGUUGGC